UCGCGCUCAGCGCGUCUCCCCUCUUCUCCCACCGCCUCGCGCUCAGCCUGUCUGCCCCUUCCUCUCCCCCGACCUCCUUCCUCCCAGAUUGCAUCAACAGUCCGCAGAUGCCAAUCUGGGCACCGCACCCGCGACUUCCAGCCUCUCUGUGGAUGCUCUCUUUGGCUCGUCAACACAAGCGCCCACGCGCGAUACCAGCGGCCUUUCGCUGCUCGAUCAGAUGUUUGCUCAGGCCGCGGUCCCGUCACCAUCAGCACCGCUAGCGCCGGCCGCCGCGCAACCAGCGGACAAGUCAUUGCUGGACAUGCUCUUCGCCGCAGGGUCCAGCAGUGCGUCGCAAGCAUCCGCCUCACCCGCAGUCAGUCAAGGCAAGCGAGAGUCAGCCGCUGAAUCAGCCACCUCGCAGCACGCGCACAUUCAGCCUCCUCCUGCCGAAUCGCUACCCUUGCCAAGUCCCACGAGUCCCAGACGAGAAUCGUACGCGUCCGCAUUGGGCUCCGCAUCGCGCAAGUCCGACGGCAAGAGCGUCAAAGAGGCCAACGAGUCCGCAACGACGUCCGCCGAAGGAUUGAUGGCGCUGCUAGGCCUCUCCAAGCCUGCUGCAGGAAGCGACGCUCCGUCUGCAAAUGGGCGCGUUCCACAUGGCCCACGCGAGGCACAAUCAGCAGGCGGACCCAAGAAUAUCGGUCUGCAAGACUUGUUCGGCCAGGGCGCCGUUACGCCCGACCGUAACCUUGUGCUAGCCGCAAAAGAAGAGAUUCGGACGGGCGAACAGCACUCGCUCGUCGUUAGCUCGUCGCGAAGGACGGGAAUCAUCGCAGGACGAGGUGUGCUGCUGCGCAUUGGCAAGGGCAGGCUGACGAGGCGGGAAAUGGAGCAGGAAGCGCAAACGAGAAAGACUGAGCUGAGACGGGGAGAUUAUAUCAUUUGCGCGUCGGAGCGUCGGGAAGAGGAGAUGGAUGCAGAGACGAGCGAGUGGUUGGAAGGGGAGGGUAUCGCCCUCUUGCGUGCGCAAGGCGAGGCAUUCUCAGCGAUGCAAAGCGCUUGCGAGCGUCUACAACGCUGGACAUGUUUCGUUAGCGGAGCGGUGCGAGGUGAGUCGUUUGGGCGGUGCAGCGUUGCGCACGAUCUUCUCACUGUUUGCAUCCCACAGACGAGAGCGGAGGAGAGCUCGUAGUUCUUUUUUAGCAAUCGCGCUUCUACAAUAGCACUAUAGAGGGUGAUGUCUGCGAUGUUGA